AUGUGUCUAGGUAACCCAUCACCCAUUGCUGAGGCAGUUUUCAGAAAACUUGUAACUGAUGAAAACGUUUCAGAUAAGUGGAGGAUAGACAGUGCAGCCACCUCCACGUGCGAAGUAGGAAACCCCCCUGAUUAUCGAGGGCAGAAUCGCAGGAAGGAGCAUGGUGUUGCCGUGAAUCAUGUUGCCCAGCAGGUUCCUGAAGAAGACUUGGUCACAUUCGAUUGUAUGCUGUGUAUGGAUGAGAGCAGUCGGAGAGACUGGACUAGAAAAGGUCAUCCAGUCAAUCACAGCAGAGCUACAGCUGAACUGCUUGGGAGCUACGACCCUCGGAAACAGCUCAUUGUUGAAGACCCUAUUACGGGAAUGAGUCCGACUUAG